CUCACACACAUAUACACACACACCCACUUGGCGACUGGGGAGCAGCACAACAGGCGCUGUAUUUACCAGCCAGCCUUCACAUAAUCCAGACUGAUUUUCUGCUUAGCCCCUUUGGAGUGCUCAUCUCAUUUGUGGUAAGGAAGGACUACUUUGUUGUGGCUUUAAAUAUUUCUUACCGAUGCUGAGUUGUACGGGUGACUCCAAGAGAAGAGCUGGGGACACGGUAACCAUGUGGAUCCCGACCCCCAGUAUGACUCGCCCUCAGCGGCUGGUGCUCUACGGGACGUGCGUGCUGGCCUUGUUAAACUCUGUGGGCCUCCUGGUGCUUCUGGUCCAGCAGAAUCAACAGCAUGUCCUUCAGGAGCAGAUGGAGGCCAGCCUGAGCCAGGUGGAGCAAAGCUCAGUGGUGGAGUUUCUCCAAGAGAUGCCCAGAGAACGAGCUCAGAGGAUUGUUGGCAAACCGCGGUAUCAAUACUCCAGAAACAAGAGGAGUGAUGCGCUCGAGCUGGAGGAGGAGCAGGAGAAGGCAUUUGAAGGGACACAAGAGAAGGAGGUAGGGAUGGAUGAGGAGCAAGGGAUAGAACAGGAACUGGAGACGGAGCUUCACCAAGGGGAAGACGUGGAGACCAGCCAGCAGGAGGUCAGCCAGGAAGUUGGGCAGGAAACUGAGUUGAAACCCAGGCACAAUCGAAAACACAAGCAUCAUCAUAACCAUCGUUACCAAAAGGAGGGCGUGCACGAUGACAUGAUGACGAUGCUCACGUACUCCAUGGUGCCGAUUAAAUUGUUGAUCGACAUUUGUAACAGCACCAAAGGAGUCUGCUUAGCCGGGCCCCCAGGACCACCAGGUUUGCCCGGUGCAGACGGCAUGCCUGGCAUUAAUGGAACGGAUGGCAUUCCUGGGGUGAAUGGGCUUCCCGGAGCUGAUGGUAAACGAGGGAAAAGAGGUGAAAAAGGAGAGCCGGGAGAAAGGGGAGAACAAGGAGAGCCGGGAGAAAAGGGAGAGCAAGGAGAGCCUGGCCUACCUGGAGAGGAUGGUCAACCGUCCAACGAUGUCAUCAUUGAGGGUCCUCCUGGCCCUCCCGGGCCCCCUGGACCCGUGGGUCCUUCUGGACCUCCAGGACCUCAGGGGCCCACAAGAACGAGGCACCACAGAGCACACCUGCAAGCAUCUCAGACCAUGGAACAAUUGUACUCAAUUCCAAAUGAUGAUACUUCGUUUGUGAAGACAACUGGGAACCUCCACGAGAAGGCAUCAAGGAGGAACGAGUGCCUGAUAAAAUCUCUGAUCAACCCAAGAAAUGUGUCAAAGAUGGAGAGCACAUUUGGAACAUGGAUGAAGGACACUGCCGUGCUCAACGACGAACGCGUAUGGGUGGCAGAACACUUUUCGGGUCGUAUGCUGAAGGAGUAUCAGAGUAUUGCAGCGUUGCAAUACAACAACAGUGACCUGGUGAAUGUUCGAAAGUUCUACCAGGGGUGCGGUCACGCAGUACACAAUGGGUCCUUCUACUAUCAGAUUGCUGGCACAUCCAGCAUCGCCAGAUUUGAUUUGGACACAAAGAAGCUUCGCACACUCAUUGUAGAUAACGCUCUCUAUCACAACCUGGCUUAUCUGCUGCAUAACUCCAAGACCUACUUCAAACUGGCAGCGGAUGAGAAUGGUCUGUGGCUGAUUUACGCCUCCAAUGUGGAUGAGAGCAUCGUGGUAGCCCAACUGGACCAGAAGAGCUUCUCCAUCACCUCCUAUAUCAACACCACCUAUCCCCGCAUUAAGGCUGGCAACGCCUUCAUCGCCUGCGGGGUUCUGUACGUUACGGACACCAAGGACGCCAGGGUCACCUUUGCGUAUGACCUGCUGAAGGGCAAACCAGUUAAUGUAACCUUUGACCUGAGGCCUCCGGGUGGAGUGCUGGCUAUGCUCUCCUAUAGCCCCAAAGACAGACAUCUGUAUGUGUGGGACAACAACUACGUCAAACUCUAUGUUGUCCACUUCCUCUCUGAUGAGUGACAUGCAACACAGCUGAUAAUCAAACUCCUGAUUUUUUAAAACUAUUUUCGAAGCAUAUAGUUAGCUUUUGGAAAAGAUUUACAUGAAAUCUUCUAUAGGGGAUUAGGACCAGGGAUGCAAUAUAUGCAAACUAAUCACUGAAUUAAGUGUUCCAACCAUACAUAAUGGGACUGUGUCUUAAACCAGUAUACAGUGGCACAAACAAUAAAUUAUAGGGGGCUUGAGAUAUGAGUGACUUGAUUUUUCCGAAAUACGCACAGUCGUUGGGCUGCUUUUUUUUUUUCUUUGACCCGCAAACUAAAAUUCUAAGUAGAUACGAGUGCUGUAUGGUUGAAGAUUACUGUUGAAUGGUUCAAAUCAGAGGAUUUUGACAAUUUGAAGUUAAAUUGCUCUAAACGAUGACUGAAAUAGUUGUUGAUGAAUCUAAUAGUCGAUUAGUUGUCACAAAUAAUUGAUUCAUUUUGAACACCUCUAUGACCAAUGCUGCGUUUGUUGCAGUGUUUGACUGUGUGAGUGAGAGGAAACAACAGGAGCGUUGCUGAUAAACUGAGACGGAUUGUACCAGUAAACUAUUUAUUUAAUCCUCAUUAGCUGGCAAACUAUUCCCAUACACACUUCUGGGUGUAUUGCUCAAAGGAGCCGGCCUGCUUCCCCACCACAAAUGCACACUCCCCACAUAUCCAUGUCACACACACACUAAAAUAUUUGAGUGUAAUUUUCCUGAUUCAUGGCAAAAAUCUAAAUUUAGUUGUGCAGGCUGCAAAAUAAAAAUGGCAUUCCCAUUCAUUUCAAUGGCUAAAGUUUAUUUGAGAGUGUGGAUAUGAAAUCUCUCAGGGCACCACUGGAGUACAAAAACAGUUCUGUUGUAUUGAAGUUGAACGAAUUUUCAUUUAAUCUUUCAAUAUUUAUUUAGGUGCAAUUUUUAUCUAACUACCCUCCCAAUGUUUGAGUGUUACUGUUUUAAAUUUUGUGUAAUGUGUCUUGCAAUAAUAUAGAAUGCAAUUUUUAGGUAAUAAAACCCCCACUUCUUUUUUUGAUCAACACCUAGCAGCUACUAUAUAUUAAGGUGGUACUUGAUAUAAAAUGUUCAAGCACCACUGUCAAGAACAAUCAUGAUUUGUUUAAAAAGUACAGAGUGUUGUAUUUAAAUCCCAAUCUCAGUGUUUGUUAGGUAGAUGGACAUUCAUGCGUUACUAACAUAUUUUUUCACAAUUUAUAUCAAACAAAGAAUCAUUUAUACCAAGUUUUUUUAAACUAUGUCUUGCAUGCUAUUAUCUAUAUGUAUUUGACGUCUUUCUUUAUAUCCUGACCUGUACAUAAUGUAUACAAUAGUGAUUUGUGAUGGAGCAGAACUGGAACAUUAUUUCAAGGGACAGGAAACAUCGACAUAAUGACAACAUUGCCAAAUCCCCAGAUGAAAUAAAAAUAAUUUAUUCACUUUACAAA